CUAAUUCAAGUUAAAAAUAAAAUAAAAACACAUUUUUGAAUUAAUAAAAUUAAAAUUGUGACGUCAUAUUUCUUCGUAUUAAUAAAUUUUUGCGAAAAUUAUAAACUAAACAUUGAACGUGUCGUGAGAACCGCAAAGAAAAAAUUGUGUUUAAUUAAAAAAAAAAAACAUAAUUUAAAAAGAAAAUUGAAUUAAAUUUUGUGUAAAUUCGUUUUGCGGAAAUUGCAAAUUGUGUGUGUGUUUUUCGUGAACAUAAACAAAAUUACUCAAACGUCCAUUAAGCAAACAAGUCAUAGCAUUUUUGAAUCUGUGAAAUGAAACUGAUGAGUGACUAAUGUGUAGCACUGGUAAUGAAUUUAUAAACGAGGAAAGGAUUAUUAUUUGUCUAAGGAUUUAAAAAAUUUAGAUUUAAUAGGAAAUGCCAAAAGUUUAACUCGAAGUGCUAUAUAUAAAACUCAUUAAAACGAAAAAAAGGAAAGCAAAGUUAAAUGCUAUGAUUUUUUAUAACAAUUUACCAAAGGAAAAACAAUUAAGUAUACGCAAAAUAAAACCGAAUAAAAGUUAAAAAAAAAUACCUACCUAUAAAAGGCAAAAAAAGAAAGAAAGAAUAAAAUUUAAGAAAAAUAAAGAGUCUCGAAUUAGGUCGGACUUAAUCACUUACCGAUAUAAAUAAAUAUAUUAUAAAUAUAAAAUUAUGGCAGAUAAUACCAUUACGACCUCCAGACAAUCGUUAAAGCCCGAUUGUAAUCAAUUGAAUAUUAUUGAUCAAGCAAUAAUACAAAAUAUAUAUACAGAAAUUGAUGAAUAUACAUCAACGGAUACAGAAGAACAAAUAACAACAACAAAUGUACAACGAGAAGAAGAUAAUAAUAAUAAUAUGUCAGCGAAAAAUAUAACAAAAAUGAUACAAAAUAAAUUAAAAAGAAAAAAGAAACUCUCAUCAAGUUUGACAUCUGUCGGAGACACUGUGAAUCAAGAGAAACGAACACGAAUUGAAGGGAUUCAAUUAAAUUGUCGUGGAAAAUUGAGUGGUGAUUUGUUAGCUGGAGCUAAAUCGGCACCAACUACACCAACACAACAACAACAACAGCAGCCAUUGAUACAAAUUACAAAGGCUACUGAACGCGGCCAUUCAAGAGCGCCACCAACGCCAUCACCAAGAGUGGCGGAGAAAAUUAUAAUGUUGCAACAAAAACAUCAACAAUCACAAUCGCCAACUCCACAACAACAGCAACAACAGAAAGUUCCACCUCCAAGAUUAAAACGUAAAUUGGAGGAGAAUGUCUUGACAAUACAAAAGUUGAAUGCUCAAACUGAUCAGAUGAGGCUUGAGAUUGCAGAAUUGAAGGCGCAUCUUGGCACGGAAAAGGGUGCUGUGAGAGUUUUGAGAGCACAAAAUGAAUCCGAAUCCCGCAAGUGGAAAAACGAAGUCAAAAAGCUCCAAAACGCCAUUGAACUUAUGCGCAAAGUUAAAAAAUCCAAAGAUGAAGCUUGUGCCAAUUGGACUGGCAGCAGUAGCAAUCAUUCGACUGCCAGUUGUUCAACAGCAGCAAGUAAUAGUGCCAAAGAUGUUAACCUAACAAAUCAUGAAUUACAAAGACUGACAAAUGAGAUUACAUCCUUAAAGGAUGCAAAUAGAAAUCUAGAAGAGAAACUACAGAUGAGCAAUGAUGCUGAGCGACGUAAAGUAGCAGAUUUACGUGAGCUCAAAGAUUCAUAUGAAAUCCGAUUGACUCAGUUAACUAAAUCUGCCAAAACUGAAAUAUCACGAUUGCUGGAGGAAAUAAAAACCAAAGAACGUAACAUCGGGCAACUUAAAAAAGAGACAAUUACGUUACAAAAACCUAAAACGAAUAAAACUACGAACAACCACAAUAAUAAUCAUAAAAAGGAUAUAAACCCAAAGAAUGCAGCUCAACAUUCAACCGAGAUGAAAAAACUCAAGGAUAUUGAGCGCAAUAAAAACAAUAUUAACAUAAAUUGCAAUAUAAAUAAUAAAAAUAAAACGAACAAUGAUAAAUGCUUUAUAACGACGACAUGUGGCGAAAAGGAAUUUCAUUCCAUGCCACAUGAAUUCACUGAACGAAUCUUGGAAGCUCAUAACGAUGUUCAUGCCUAUAGAUCGAAGGAUCAUCAUCAGAAUUCCGAUUCAGAUUCGGCGCUCUCAUCAGCGCCACCAUCCAUAAGUCCACAACCACCAGCGACUGGCAUGGAACCUGCAGAUAUAUGGCAAACGAUAAGAAACUACACAAAAGAUAUUGAAAAAGUACAAAAUGAAUUAGAUUUCAUACAAAAGGAAAAUCAAUUACUACAAAAGGAAUUAAAUUUAGCUAAAGAACAAAUAUUCGAAUCGGAUAAGACUGCAAUUGAGGCCACAAAAAAUUUGAAAAAUCAACAAAAACUACUCGAUCGGAUAAAACAAUUGGAACAGAAGGAAAUUGAGCUACAAGAUGAGACACAUGAGUUGCGUGAACAAAACGAACUUUUAGAAUUUAGGAUAUUAGAAUUAGAAGAAAGCAAUGAUAAGUGGUCGCUUCAGAGCAAUACCACACCAAAUAGUAAAAAUGUCUGGAACAAUGUUGGUGGAAAGGAAUCGGAUGAUGCGAUUAUUUUCACAGAUCGUUCAGAUUCUGGAGUAACAUCGCCACAUAGCCAUCAUCAUAUUGAUGACAGGAUAAAUGUUAUAUCACCAUGUGAUUUGAAUUUAUUGGAUCACAUGACAAACGAAGACUUGCGCCGACGAUUAAGUCAAAUAAUCAAGAAGCCAAACAUUGACGAAGAAGACAAAAUUUGUCUUCAACAAGUUUUGGCUUUUGUCCAAAAUCUAGACGCAAUGUCUCAUGGUCACGAUUCACUGCCUUCAAGCGAAGAAUCAUCAAGUUUAGAAUACAUCAAAUCCCGAGUAUCAGACUAUAGUUCAUCAUCCCGUUCAUCAUCAGACAUCUGCCCAACCCUACAACUCCAAACAAACAAGCCAAAAUCAAUACCGUCCCAAGGAAGAAUAGUUGCUACCGUCCUUCCAUACAGUAGUACCGUUUCCACACCCAACGAUUCACCACAAAGAAAACUUAGAGCUUGGCAUACAACAAGUUUAACCGAAAGUGGAGUUUUCGAGGGCGAUUUGAGUGAAACAUCGGUGUACACCCAAACGGAUCCGGAGGAAUUUUCCAACUCAACAUUAUCGGAACCUACAGAAGCCCAAAAGUUAAAUAGAAUCCGUGAACAAUUCGAGGAGUGUGCCAAAAAAUCCGCCUUCACCAAAGUACCUGUGACAAGUUCACAAAGCCUAUCGCCAAACUUUUCCGAUCAGAAACGUCUUCAAUAUUACAAAGAUCGUCUCGAAGUUCUCGAAGGCAAGCUUCUGAUCUAUGAGAGCAGUGGUGAUAGACAGGCUAAACUUUUAGCAGAUCGGUUACAGAGGGAGAUUGUAUUGGAAAAUCUGGUCAAGGAAUUGCAAGAUCGGGUUGACUUUUUGGAAGUUGAGAAUUCAGAAAUCGAAGAAGAGAAGUGUGAGUUCGAGGAGGCUGAAAACGACACACGACUUCGCCUGCAGAGGCUUGAAGUCGAGCUGGAAAUUUUGAGUCAGCGUAAUAUUGAGCUGGAAAUGUCUAGAGAAGCGCUACAAAAUAAAUUGAAAGACUGCCGCAGUGAGAGUGCUAUAUUGAGGGACGACCUGUCUGCCGUUCAGACCCAGGUUUGCCAUCUGGAGGAAGAUCGUUGUAGGUUCAAGGAGAACUUUGAAUUCUUGCACAGUAUUUUGCCUGCCUUAGUGCUAUAUAACGCCUUCUGUGUUGCCAAUUCUAAAAUGGGUAAUUGCAUUGAAAGGGAUCCUUCUCAGCCUGAUCUAACGCGUCAUGAUGAAGUUGGAAGAAUGUCAAGCGACUGUGACUGUGCAGAAGCUGAAGAUAUUUAUAGAAGGGAGAUUGCAAAUCUUCGAGGAGAGAUUAGAAGCUUGAAACGUCAAAUUAACGAUUUGAACUCACGUCACUCUGAAGCCAUGGCUUGUGCAGAUGGUUGUUGGGAAGACUUGGAGAAGAGCUAUAAUGAUCGCUUGAUGGCUUCAAAAUCCAAGGAAGAGAGUCUUCAAAAGAAGAUCAAACAACUUGAAGAUUGUCUUCAUGAUGAUUCGAGAGCUGCAAAUGAGAAGAUCUGCCAACUGGAAGAUGCUGAAAAAGAGCUGAGAAUGUGCCUUCAGAAGGUGUCCCGUGAUCAACGGAAGACCCUUCAAGAACAUGGACUUAUCACUGAAGAAUAUCAUCGAUUGAAGGAGAAGUACGAAAAGUUGGUUGAACAAGUCGAUGGACCGAUCAAAGAUGCUCUGGAUCGUGAGAAGACUCAAAAUAAGAAUCUCAAAGAUGAGCUUGGUUACAUCCGUCGUAUUAACUGCGAGCAAGAUAUGCACUAUCGGAAUGAGCUUGACUGUUUCCAAGUGCAAAUGGACAAGUUGCAAAAGGAAUUGCUUCAAAUCCAAGUCACAAAUUCUGAGCUUAGGGAAGAAGUUUGCACUUUGGAAAAGGAGGUCUUGAGUCUUCAUCAAGCGAAAAAAGAAGAUCUUGACAAGAUUCGUUGUCUGAGUGAUGAAGUUCGUACUAAGGAAGAAAUGUGCGAUAUGUUGGAGAAGCGUGUGGAAAAACUGCUGAGUGGGUCUUAUUACAGACAGAGACAGCAAGCACAAGCUGUGGAUCGUCAAAUGUCAGCUAGUUUUAGUGGAGCUGUUAGUUUGGCUCAGGAAUUAAAUGGAAGUCCAGUGAAGCGAUUAAGAAUUGAAGAACCUGUUGAUCUGAAGACUGCUGCUAAGAAUCUUGGAUCAGUCUUGGGAACAAUGAAGGAUAGCGCUAGAACGAUUCCAUCACAUCGUGAAUUUCAGAAUGUUGCCAAUGAUGUCAAAAAAUUAGCUGAGAGUAUUUUGGCAAACAAGUCGGAGGUAAGUCAAGUUGGUAAAGUUUCAAGAAAUGAUGAAGAAGUGAAGCAAAUCACUCCAAAGAAACCUAAAAGUCAGGAAAUAUUUUUUGUUGAACCUAUUUUUCUUAACGGAAUCACGGGAAAUUUUGUUAAGAAUGAAGAUAAGUUGAUUUCAGAAGUUCCUUCAGGUCUUCGGAAGCUUUCAUCAACUCAAAAACAUAGAAAAUUGAAAACUUACAAGAUCCCUCAGCCUGGUUUUCGAAAAAGGUUUUCGAGAAGCCUUCGGUCAGAGAUCUGGAAGGUUAUAACAAGUUUUAAAACGGCACAAACUGAAGAAAUCAAUUGCCAAAUUGAUCCCGAAAGGCCUCAAAAGAAACUUAGUUCUCUGUCCUUUGUUAGUUUUUAUUCAGUUAUCGAAGAAGAUGAUGAAGAAAUCUUCUUCGAGCCAAUUAAUGAGUCGCAAGUAAGCAAAGAAAAUUGGUCUGAUGUUCAAGUUGAAGAAGAAUCUGAAGUGCUGAUGAAUGUUACAAAUUUCGUAAUACCAACUACAACGAGUGAAGGCACUCAAACUGAUAUUUUAGUUGAAAAACCUAAAGAACCGAUUGAGAAACCGGAAAAGCCUAAAUUGAAUUCGACAAAAUCUCUGAUUGAAAGCCUUUCGGCAUCAGCUGAAAAAUCAAUUAAGAAAAUUGAAAAUGUAAACAAAAUUAGAAAUUAUCUUCAGCAACGUUUUGAAAAUGAUCAACAAUUUCGAAAAGGUUUUGAAAAUAUGGUUCAAGUUGCUUUCUGCGAUGGUGAAAUUGAAGAAGAUCAGAAAUUUCUUAGUUAUGAGCAUGUUGUCAAGGCAAUGACUUUUUUAACAAAAUUGGAAGAAAUCUAUCAUCCUUAUGAAGUUCCGCUCUUGAAAAUAUUGGAAGAAAAAAUUAAUUCAAGACUUCUUCAAUUGCAUUGCAAGAAAAUGGAAUCAGAAUUUCGUUGUACAAUAUUUCAUCCAGUUUCAAGAAAAAAAAGUACUGGUUUGAAGAAUAUUUGAAAAAAUCUAGUGAUUAAAU